ACGUAAGACCACGGUGCAUACGUGAAUCUGCAAACCAUUCAGGAAGACAUGCCAUAGACUGCCUCUCCUCAUUCAUCUUGUCCAUCCCCUCGCACUGUAUGUAUAGAAUGAAUGAAAAGAGCGCAGCUUCCCUUCUACCAAUAACGGCUGAGAGCGAAGCUCAUAUCUCCUCUACACACAAUGCUAUAGAGAGACUUAGACAACUCCGUCGAGGUUUCUUCAAGCUGGGUCUCCUGGGCCUGGCCGCCUAUUAUCUUCUUUGCGCCCUAUUUGAUAAUGCUGCGGACGAUGGGCGCGGCUCAAGCAACAAGCACCAUCAUGAAAUUAGCCAUGGUUCCAAGUUCCAGUUCGAAAAGCAUAUGCAGGUAGAUAUUGAUCAGCUUGUAGCCGGCACUUUAGAGUCCAAUAUCGUUUGGGAUCGCUUGGCAGAAAUGACCGACACCUAUGGUCCCCGCAUUGUCGGUUCUGAGACAUUAGAGAAGUCAAUUGACUGGGUGGUGGAGAAGGUAAAGGCAGAUAACCUUUCUGUUACCACAGAAGAGGUGGUUGUCGAUUAUUGGCAACGCAACCAUGAGUCACUGCACUUCCUCUCGCCAACCCGCGGUCCCGUCAAGAUGCACAUUCUCGGUCUCGGAUAUAGUGUCUCUACACCCGACCCAAUCAAUGGGCUUGUGGCAGAGAUCGUCGUAGCACACUCCAAGGAGGAACUCGACGAACUGGCGAAAGCUGGCAAGGUCGAGGGUAAGGUCGUCGUUUGGAACAAACCAUUCUCGCAAUAUGACGAGGACUUCGUCUUUCGAGCAUUUGGUGCCAUCUGGGCGCAAGAGCACGGAGCUGUCGCAUCCCUUGUUCGAUCCCUAGGACCUUUCUCGCUGCAAACACCCCACACGGGGGCUGCCGAUCCUGCGAACAUUCCUGCAGCUUCCGUCUCUGCUGAGGAUGCCGAUCUCCUGCAACGCUCUUUUCAAAGACACCAACAAGAUCCGGAACGAUUUCCUGAAUGGCCCAGGAUCAGAUUGGUCAUGGGUGCGGCCACAGAACUUGACGCCAAGAUCUCAAGAAACAUCAUUAUCGAACUGAAGGGGCGAGAUACCCCGGGGGAGGUUGUUGUCAUUGGUGGACACAUUGAUAGCUGGGACGUCGGUAGCGGUGCCGUGGAUGACGGCGCUGGGUGCUUUAUCGCCUGGGAAACACUGCGUCAACUAAGCCGACUGGAGAGGCCCCCGCGCAGGACAGUGAGAGUGGUAUUCUGGACUUCGGAGGAGAAUACUGCUGCUGGGGCCGAGGUUUAUGCCGAAAACCAUCCCGAGAGCGACUCGAACCGCCAUGUCUUUGCAUUCGAGUCGGAUAUUGGCGUGUUUGAUGCUUAUGGAAUCGCGUUCACUCCUGGACGUCGCAACGAGGGUCUGAAUGAACUGACGGGCUUCAACUCUUUUAAGUACCUGGCGGCUGCCGGGAAACAUUUCAUGGGCGCUCGUAAGGACCUAGGAUAUCCUGGGGCAGGGCAGUACGUUCUUCCGGAUGGCGAAGGCGAGGAUAUCAAUCCCCUGUGCAACCGCGGUGUUGCCUGUGCUCAGUUCACCCCCGCCGACCCAUUCCCUCUUCCCUAUUCAACGUCCCCAUACGCUGUCCCAAGCAUGACUGAAGGACAUCGCCAUCACAAGCACCACCGGCACCAUCGGCAUCAUGGCGGUGAUAACAAAGAUGUCAAUCCACCGCGCCGCCCUUUGGACUCUGGUUACUUCUACUACCACCACACAGAGGCAGACACUAUGGGGGCGUUUACGCCUGAACAACUGAAGCGCUCUGCAGCUGUUAUGGCUAUCUGGACAUACAUCGUAGCGGAGAGCACGGUCGAUCUAUAGUAUUCCAAAUAAGACGCGACGUAGAUUGAUCAAACGCGACAUCAUGAGUUUAGCUUAGGCCUUCCCGCCCCCACAAAUAAAAGGUUUGCUUUCAUAUUCAUAAG